AUGAUGACGCCUACGCGUUACAUCGUACUGGUCUUGACAAUACUCAUCAGUCUACAUUACAUCCUUACCAUCACUCACGAGGAAUACGGAAAGGCUACCGCCGUUUCCCGCCUCACCAAUUAUAUCAAAGGCCCUCAGCCGCCUUACAAAGACGGUGUACCAGAGCAGUAUUACAAGCCCUCGGAUCCUGUUGCGCUCCCAGAACGAAAGGCCAAUGCUACCUUCGUCAUGCUCGUCCGCAACACGGAUGGACCUGGCAUCAUGAACAGCAUGAAACAAAUCGAAGACAGAUUCAACAGGAAAUUUCAGUACCCAUAUGUCUUCCUGAACGACAAACCCUUCACCGAGAACUUCAAAAAAUACGUCUCCCAGCUCACUGAUGCCCCGGUGGAGUUUGGCAUCGUACCGCCGGAACAUUGGAAACAGCCAGAGUGGAUCGACGAGCAAAAAGCCACCGCUGCACGGGAAGACAUGAUGAGAAACAAUGUAAUUUACGGAGGUACGUACCGCAACAUGUGUCGAUUCAACUCAGGCUUCUUCUACAGACAAGAAUUACUCCAGAAAUAUCGGUAUUACUGGAGAGUGGAGCCAGACGUCAAGUAUUUCUGCGACAUUGACUACGACCCGUUCUUGUUAAUGCAAGAUCAAAACAAAGUUUAUGGAUUUACCGUCUCUUUAUACGAAUAUGAAGCAACCAUCCCCACCUUGUGGCAGACCGUAAAGGAAUUCGUAGACGAGAAUCCGGAGCUGCUCCCAGCCGACAAUGCCUUCUCAUUCAUCUCCGACGAUGGUGGUCUAACGUACAACCGCUGUCACUUUUGGAGCAACUUCGAGAUUGGCGAUAUGGACUUCUGGCGAGGUGAAGCGUAUUCAAAAUUCUUUGACUACCUUGAUUCCAAGGGUGGCUUUUACUAUGAGCGCUGGGGAGAUGCACCAGUGCAUAGCUUAGGAGCCGCCCUGUUCGCUAAUAAGAGUCAAAUUCAUUUUUUCAAUGAUAUCGGAUAUCGACAUGAGCCGUUCCAGCACUGUCCACAAGGAGAUAUCCAUACAAACGGCAAGUGUUGGUGUGAUCCCGGUGCAAACUUUGACUACGAGUGGUACUCGUGCUUGAGCCGCUAUGACAAACUGUUCUAA